AUGCUCACUUCUUCCAUGUCCAAACUAUCAUAUGUCAGGGUGUUGGUAGAAGUCAAUUUGCUGUCUGAUUUACCUUACUCCAUUGAGGUUACUCUACCUAAUGGCAGUAUUCUCCAUCAACAAGUUGUUUAUGAGACCCUCCUACGCUUUUGCAAGCACUGUCGGACCUUUGGGCACAUCGCUUCCACUUGUACCAAGUCUCAGCCUCCAACAGCCUCACCCACCCAGCGGGCUCAUGACCCUGUUGUUCCAGGUGAUGCUGCUGUUGUCGACAGCCCCCAAGCCAACUUCCCUGCUCCAUGUAUACCCGAUUCUAUGCCAGUUGACACUGAUCUUGCUCCUGCAAAAGGGGUUGUUGAGCCUACCUCUGGUGACUGGGAAGUUGUUCAGAACAAAAAAGCUAAGCGUAAAUCUCCUCUCUCCAGGCCUCCUUCUGGACCCCCGUCCCGCUUGGGCCAAAAGAAUCCUCAACCAGUUCAUAACGCACGCCAGCCUUCUUUACCUCCCCCUGCUGCCCAAGCUUCAGCUCCUUCGGGUUUAACAAGAGAAGGGCUCAGCAUCACAUGGGUGGCGAGGGGUUACUUCCCACCCCCUCCUCUUUAUGUUAAUUCGCAGCUGGAAUAUCAGAGGAAAUUCCGACUGGCUAAAUGGAAGAUGUUGACCAAUGCAGCUGCGGCUCCAACAGCUCGAAUUGUUGUUUUGUGGAACCCUACCACUGUCCAAGUUGAUCUGAUUGGCUAUUCAGCUCAAGGCCUUCAUGUGUUCAUCUCUAGCUUAGUUUCUCAGUUUAGAUUUUAUGCUACUUUUGUUUAUGGAUUCAAUACUGUUCUUGCUCGGCGUUCUCUUUGGGCUGAGUUGAGAAACUGGAGUCCUAAUUCCCCAUGGCUCAUUUUAGGUGACUUCAAUUCUCUUCUAUCUCAAACAGAUAAGCAUCAAGGGGAAGCUGUGUCUACUUAUGAGACUGCAGAUUUCCGGCAAUGUUGUUCUGACCUUGGGUUACUAGACUUAAAUUAUUCUGGUUGUCAUUACACAUGGUCCAAUGGCAAGGUUUGGAGCAAACUUGAUCGAGUUCUUGUUAAUUCGCUUUGGCCGCUCGCUCCUUCUUCUGCCCAUGUUCACUUUGAUAAUCCUGGAGCAUUCUCUGAUCAUUCCCCCACUACAGUCUCUUUCCAAUCUAGACAGUUGCUGGAUAAAUGGCACUUUGAGGCUCACGGGUCCCCUAUGUUCAUUCUCUGUAAGCGCCUUAAAAAUCUGAAAGGUCCUUUGCGAGAACUCAAUAAACUCCAUUACAGCCACAUUUUUGAGAGGGUUGCUCGUGCUGAGGCUGCCCUUGAUGCUCAUCAAUCUGUCCUCUCCACUGAUAAGGAUAAUGCUCACCUUCUUGCAGCGGAUAAGCUUCUCCGCCGGCUUCUUGGCACUCCUACAGACACCCUCCCCCUGGAUGUUUCUAUCAUUCAGCAUGGCCCUCGUCUGGAUGCUUCUUCUCAUGCCUCUCUUCUUGCUCUAGUCUCUGACUUGGACAUCAAGAAUGUAUUAUUUGCCAUUGAUGAUGCUAAAGCUCCUGGUCUUGAUGGAUACUCAUCUUGUUUUUUCAAAAAGUCUUGGAAUGUUAUAGGAGGGGACUUCUGUCUUGCAGUUAGGGACUUUUUUGAGUCCGGUGCCAUGCUUAAACAAAUCAAUCACUCCAUCAUUGCUUUAAUCCCUAAAUCGGCCAAUACUUCAUCUGCUUCCGAUUUUCGGCCGAUUUCCUGCUGUAAUGUUAUAUAUAAGGUGAUUGCCAAGAUUCUUGCACAGAGGCUCUCUAAUGCUCUCGCCACUAUUAUCAGUCCUAUGCAGAAUGCCUUUCUAGGAGGUCGAAUGAUGGCAGACAAUAUUCACUUACUUCAGGAACUCCUUCGCAAUUACGAAAGGAAAAGAUCCUCUCCUCGUUGCUUGUUGAAGAUUGAUUUUAAAAAAGCCUUUGAUUCGGUCCAAUGGCCCUUUCUCCGCCAGCUCCUAUUGUUGCUUGGGUUCCCUAGCCGCUUUGUCCACUUAAUUAUGCAGUGUGUUGAAACUGCUUCAUAUUUUAUUGCAGUCAAUGGCAGUAUUUUCGGGUUUUUCCCUGGGAAGAAUGGUGUUCGCCAAGGUGAUCCUCUAUCACCCUACCUUUUUCUUGCUUGCAUGGAAUAUCUCUCUAGAAUGCUUCAUUCGGCAUCACUGUCUCCUGGUUUCCGUUUCCACCCCAAGUGUAAGUCUCUUAGUAUCUGUCAUCUUGCGUUCGCUGAUGACGUGAUCCUUCUUUCAAGAGGUGAUAGGCAUUCUGUCUCUUCCUUGUAUCAGCAUUUAACCACCUUUGGCCAGACUUCAGGUCUUGUUAUCAACGCCAACAAAUCCUCCAUUUUCUUUGGCGAGGUGGCAAACAGCAUUAAGCAGCUUAUUCUUUUGGACAUUGGCUUUGCUGAAGGUUCCUUUCCCUUUCGUUAUCUUGGCGUUCCUCUAAGCCCUCAUCGGCUUCUAGCAAGUCAAUUCUCCCCUCUUCUUCACAAGUUAGAAUUGACUAUUAAUGGCUGGCUGGGGAAGCAUCUUAGCUAUGCUGGGCGUAUGGAGCUGCUAAAGUCUGUCCUUUUUGUCUGUCGUCCUAAAGCCGAAGGCGGUCUGGGUCUAUUUGACAUAAAGGCUCGCAAUAACAGCUGUCUUGCUAAACAGCUAUGGAACAUUCAUCUUAAAGCUGAUUCUAUUUGGAUACAAUGGAUACACCAUUACUAUUUACGGUCCCACACCAUUUGGGAUGCAGCAGCUUCCCCAAGUUCCUCUCCUUUAUGGAAAUCCAUCAUCAACAUGCGAGAUCAACUAGUUGGUCUGGCUGGUGGUCACGCUCAGACUCUCUCUCUAGAGCAGCUCUACUGGUCCAUUCACAGCCCACGCCUAUGA